GCAUGUCGCGGCGGGUGCGGCGGCGGAAAAAAUGUCGCCAAAAUGAUGAUUCUGAUGCAUGGGGCAGAAUAAUUGAGACGACGCCGAGCAAAGUUGGCGCGGAUAAUUCGUAUGAAUGGGCCAUUCACGUCAGUGACUCGCGUGGGCGCUCGAGGUGGUGCCCUGCGUCGAGGGUCCGCCUCCGGGGCGCAACGGAGCCGCCCCCAGCAAGAGCGGCUGCACCCCGACCCUCUUCUAUAUCUGCAGCGGCCGCACACUCACCUUACACCAGCAUCGCCACCUGACGCAACGCUCGCUCGGUCCAAGCUCUCCGACGGUUCUCCUUAUGGACCGUGUGUCAGCCUCUGUGGCGGCCUGCUGCUGUGUGCUGUUGGUCUUUCUUGUGCACACGGGCGAGGCCACGGGACUAAAGGACCAGGCCUGGGAGCGGCCUGGCUGCCACAAAGUCGGCCACACUCGAAAAGUGGCCAUCCCUGACUGCGUAGAGUUCUACAUCACGACCCACGCCUGCCGCGGCUACUGCGAGUCCUGGUCGGUGCCCUCCGAGAUGGAGACUGUGAUCGCCAACCCUCACCAGGUUGUCACCUCUGUUGGACAGUGCUGCAACAUCAUGGAGACGGAAGACGUGGCCGCUGAAGUUUUGUGCAAAGAUGGCAUUCGGAAUCUGGUGUUCAAGUCGGCAAAGAGCUGCUCCUGUUACCACUGCAAAAAGGAUUAAUGAAACGCCAUUCGGUUUUCGCUUCCUUCCACAUGACGCUGAAUCUCAAAGGCUGGGUUUGUCAUUCAGCGCCACCGACAUCACUUUUAUCCAUGUAGCCGAAACGUUUGCGUUGUGUUUUCAAUUCUCCCUACGAUUUUGUCAAUUAUUGUUUGUCGUCAUCAAUUUGGUUUUGUAGAAAACAGCGGAUUAGGAUUUGCAACCGAGAUAUAUUUACAACGUGUGUGUUGCACUAAUAUUGUUGAUUUCUCUAAAAAUUGUGUAUAAAUUUAUUAAACUUGUACAAUAAAGGCUGACAAAAAUAAA